ACGGACUCGAAUCCGGUGCUCCGCCUCCGUUACGCCGCCGCGCGUUCUGCCCACCGCGGCUGCGUUCCGGUCACCGCCACGCGCCGCAGCGGAAGCGCGGCGGCGGAGCCGCUCCACUCUGUCCCGCAUUGCGGCGCUUUACCACUGUAAAAAGCUCGCGGAGUGCUUGAGCUCCCUGUUUGAGCUCUCUUCGUCGUUCCUCGAGCAGUGUUCGUGUGGACCCUUAGGGUUCCUUCGACAUUAAUUAGGGCUUUAAUUGAGAUUAAGAGGAAGGAUCUCAAAUCUAUGGCGGGGAUAAAAGACAUGUAAUUUCCGAUAUUCUUAGCAACAGCUCCGUUAGCAUUGUACUCUCAGUUAGUUCCAUUACAACAAGCGAAACAUGAGCAGUAAAAUGUUAACUAUUUAGAAAGACCCAAUGUGACACAAUAUGCACAUAAAAGGGGAGUCAUCAGAUAUUUUGAGAGCGAGUGUUUCUAGUGCUCCUAGCACAUCCAGUCAUGGUUCUAUACAAGAUGACUGCGAAUCUCUAGGAGAUGUAUAUGUGUGGGGUGAGGUUUUCUGUAAUAGUUCCACUGGGAAUAUUUCUAACAAAAUUAGCAGUUCUACCUGUUGUAGAGCAGAUUUCCUUUUACCUAAGCCCUUGGAAUCAAACUUACUUCUAGACGUCCACCACGUGGCCUGUGGAGUACAUCACGCUGCCCUUGUUACAAAACAAGGAGAGGUCUUUACAUGGGGUGAAGAAUUUGGCGGCUGUCUUGGCCAGGGAGUUAGAAGUGAUGUUAUUCACCCUCAUCUGGUUGAAUCGUUAUCGGACUGUAAUGUAGAGAUUGUUGCUUGCGGAGAAUUCCACACUUGUGCUGUUACCAUAACUGGUGAACUUUAUACUUGGGGAGAUGGAACGCACAAUCUAGGGCUAUUGGGUCAUGGUACUAAUAUAAGCCAUUGGAUACCCAAGAGAGUUUCAGGACCACUUGAUGGGCUUCAUGUUGCUUAUGUUACAUGUGGCACCUGGCAUACAGCCUUGAUCACUUCAACUUGGCGACUAUUCACUUUUGGCGAUGGAACUUUUGGUGCUUUAGGUCAUGGAAGCCAAGAAAGUAUUUUGUAUCCAAAAGAAGUAGAAUAUUUUAUGGGUUUGAAGACGAUUUCCGUUGCCUGUGGUGUAUGGCACACUGCUGCCGUUGUAGAGGGUAUAAGUACUAAUUCCGGUGUGAAUUUUUCAUCUGGAAAGUUGUUUACUUGGGGAGAUGGAGACAAGUACCGCCUCGGCCAUGGCGACAGGGAGCCACGGUUUAAGCCUACUUGUGUUGCUUCAAUAGUUGACUGCGAUUUUCACAAGGUAGCUUGUGGGCAUAAUCUCACUAUUGGGUUGACAACUUAUGGACAAGUCUUUACCAUGGGCAGUGCUGUUUAUGGGCAGCUUGGAGACCCCUGUUCUGAUGGGAAGCUCCCUUGUUUAGUCGAAGAUGAGCUUCUUGGGGAAGCUGUUGCAGAAAUUGCUUGUGGCUCACACCAUGUUGCAGUUUUGACAACUAAGAGUGAAGUUUUUACAUGGGGAAGAGGAGCCAAUGGGAGGUUGGGCCAUGGCGAUAUUGAAGAUAGGAAAACACCUAUAAAAGUUGAGGCUUUGAGGGAUAGAUCUGUUAGAUAUAUAGCUUGUGGUGCAAACUUCACUGUUGCUAUUUGCCAACACAAAUGGGUUUCAGGUUCAGAGCAGUCUCGGUGCGGCUUAUGUGGACAGCCAUUUGGGUUUACUCGAAAGAGGCAUAAUUGCUACAACUGCGGACUUGUCUACUGCCAUCCAUGCACCUCCAAUAAGUCUUUUAGAGCAGCUUUGUCUCCUAACCCUGGAAAACCAUAUCGUGUUUGUGACUCUUGUUAUGUAAAAUUGAAUAAAGUAGUGGCCUUUGGUGGAACUUUCAAUAACAAGAAAGAUGCUACUCCUUACAUCUCAAGCAAAGAGAGGCUUGACAAAGAUUAUGUGAUGAAGAAUUUGGAUAUGAAGGCAGCUAAAAGUUGGAAGAGAACUAUUAUCCUGGUUCCUCAAAUUAGUUCAGUGUUGCAACUAAAAGACAUAGUUUUUGCAGGUGGAAUUGAUUCAAAAAUUGCGGAUUCGAAAGCAGUUUGGACACUGGUUGGUCAAUCUGUAAAUUCUUCAAGAGCUGUUUCGCCCUUCUCACAAAAUCCUAGCCCUGUGCGUUCUGCAACACCAGUUCCCUUGAAUGAAGACCUUUCUUUCUAUAAAAGUGCCGCUGAUAAUCUUAAAAAAGCAAAUGAGCUCCUGGAGCAAGAAAUCAAAAAAUUGCAAGCUCAGGUUGAUAUUUUGAGACACCGUUGUGAUCUUCAAGAAAUUGAGUUGGAGAAAUCAGCAAAGAAAGCCCAAGAGGCUAUGGUGGUGGCUGCAGAGGAAUCUGCUAAAUCCAAUGCUGCGAAAGAAGUUAUAAAAUCCCUAACAAUACAGCUUAAAGAUAUGGCAGAAAGAUCGCCUCAAGGUGUUGUCGAAGGUAAGGAGAGAAAAUCAAGCAUGGAGGCAUAUAAUACUCAUCACGCUAGUAUGAACAGAUCGAUCCAAACAAUGAUUCAAAAUGGAGUAGACGAACAAAUGAAGGGUAGUGAGUCCAAUGGUGACAAAGAGAUGCUAAAAUUAGACAGUCCUGCAGAUGACAAUGUUUGCAGGGAAGCUAAGUUCACUAAAGACGGUGAAAAUGGUUCCAAGUCUCAAAGCUCAAUUUCAACUAGUAAUCAAGUCGGGGCAGAGUGGAUCGAACAGUAUGAAUCGGGCGUAUAUAUUACUCUCUCGGCCCUACAUGAUGGAACUCGGGAUAUUAAGAGGGUUCGUUUCAGUCGAAGAAGAUUUAAAGAGCAGCAAGCGGAAGUGUGGUGGUCUGAGAACCGCAAAAAGGUUUUCGAGAGAUACAAUGCUCGUGGGUCCUGCACGGCCUCAUCGAUGGCCUGAGGCUCGCCAAGUUGGAGUCAUCUUCAAUAAUGCAGGUGAUGUACAUGAACUACAUGCUGCGGCAACAAUAAGGAAGAUGGGAUAAAAGGAUAAGCUCGUAACAGCAAACUCGGUUGCUUUCCCGCGUUUUUCUCCUCCCUUCUCUCUCGGUUUGUUGCGUCU